AUGAAAUUCCUUCUAGUCGUAUUAUACCUCAUUCCUAUGGCAUUUGCCCAAUCUCCUUGCACGGACGCAAGAUCAGCUGGAGAUAGCUCAUGUAAUCAAUCUGGUUCACAGCGGUUCUAUUUUGAUAAAAAGUCUAGUAGAUGCCAGCCUUUCUAUUUUAAAGGAUGCAACGGCUCUUUAAACAACUUCGCAUCGAGAGCAGAAUGUGAACAAACGUGCAGUGGGAAUCAACAGCAUGAUGUUGCAGCUUCAAGCCCUGGAAGCAGUGGAACAUCUGGUGUUUGUGCUUCUGGAGCUUAUGCUGCUGGAGCUACUCUCGAUACCCCUACCUCAUGUUCAUCUUGCCCACAAGGGUACGCAUGUGAAAAUAAUUUGUGUUGCCCCCAGAAAGCUUAUCUCUGUGGCUUGAAUUAUGAUGCUGGACGUUUCUCAUCCGUAGGAAAACACACUCCCAGGUCAGAUGAUGAACCAGGCCAUCCAGGAUCGAGAUAUUUCUUCAACAAGGACUACGGCAGCUGUAUGCUAUUUACUUUCUACGGUAAAGCAGGAAACCCCAACAACUUCGCCACCUACAACGAGUGCAUGAACUUCUGUUCAGAUAAAAAUUGA